AUGGCGGUGGAUCUCGGGGACCCCAACAAUGGCUUCCGCCAUGCUGAUGUGAUGCAGUUCAUUAACAGUGAAAUCUGCAGUAAUGGUGGGGACUCAGACUUUUAUUUAACCUUCCGCUCGCGGUCCUGGAAAGAGGUAGAGGACGGCCUUCACACGAUCCUGGCCGACCAGCAGGUGGCGCUCGAGCGCAAGAGGGCCAGUACCUGGAGCGCACUGGCCCUAGGGGUGCGAGCGGCCGCCAGGCUGCAGGAGCAGCAGGGAGAGCUGCUCCAGCGGCUGCAGAAGCAGAUGGAGGAGCACGAGACAGGUUACUGGGCUCUGGCAUCUGAGACGCAGAGGAUGCGUGGCGAGCGAGACCAGGCUACAGCACAGCUGCACCUCCUGAGGGCUGCCCUGCGGCAGGCUUUGGAUGAGCGCGAAAUGUUUCGCAGGAAGCUGCUCCAGGCCGAGUGGUUAGCACAGGCCCAUUCACUGCCCCAGGAAGUUGUACUUAUUCCGGGAACUGAACAACACAGGGCUGCACAGUGGCUCGUUGGUGCACAGAAGCAAACAGGUGAAAUGGCCGCCAGGGCUCAGGGUACGCCACAUUUGGGGACCCAGAUGCCAGCUCCAAGAACCUUGCUUUAUGUCCAAGAACCCCCGAGGUCUUGGGCCCAGCCAGUGCCCCCACCGCUGCGAGUUCCUGUGCCACAUCAAUUCCCAUUCCAUGCACCAUUUCCAGUGAGAGUCCCAUACUCAACACCUCUGCCAUUCCCAGCAGUAAUGGGAUCAGAAGCAACAGCAACAACGACAGCAGGAAUGGAAGCAGGUGAACCCCGUUUGUUGCCUACAGAGAUGUACCUUCAGGGCUUCUUGGCUGCAGUGGGGUCCCAAGAAGAGGCGGCUCCUCUGUGGGACCAGAGUCAGGGUACACAUUCUGAGAACAUCCAGGAUGGGGGUCAUCAGGAAGACGGCGGAAGCCACAGGGCAGAGAAAAAUCCUGAGUGUCCCCAGGAAAUGACUUCCACGGGGAACAGCAGUAAAUACAGCAAGGAAGAAGUUUCAAAGAAGCCCCAAGAGACAGACACCUUGGGGAACAGCAGCAGCUACAGCUGGAAGGAAGAGGAGGUAAAGCUCCAGGGGACAGCUUCCCUGGGUGACAGCAGCAGCCACACACAAAAGGAAGAUCCUCAGUGUUGCAAGGGAAUGGCUCCCCUGGGGAAUAGCAGUAGCCACCGCCAGCAAGAAGUUUCAGAGGGGUCCCAGGAGACAGGUACCCUGGGUGACAGCAGCAGCCACGGUCAGAAGGAAGAGUUGGUGGUGCCCCUGAGUAUGACUGCCCUGGAGGGUAGCAGCAGUCAGAGCCAGAAGGAAGAGGUGGUGAAGCCACAGGAGACAGCCGUCCUAGUUGACGGUAGCAGCCACAGCCAGAAGGAGGAGAUGGUGGUGCCCCAGGGGAUGGCUCCUCCGGGGGAUAGUAAGAUCCAGGAUGUGAUGCAAAGCCACACGAAACAGCAGGUUAAGAUACAGAAGGCCAAGCAACCACGAAGAAGAAAAGCCUCAAAAUCUCAGCAACAGAAGUCUGUCUCACAAGGUAGUCCAGACAAUUGGGUCUGCUCGCGGUGUAAAGGUGUGAAUCCUUCAAGUCGGGUUUCCUGCCACAAAUGUCGGAAGAUCUGCAAGCCAGGUGAAAGUGGAGGUGCUGACUCCGAACAAACUCACUGAUUUCAGGAAGGUGGUGGAUUCUCAAGUUGAAGUUGUAAAACCCUUUUAGCCCCUCUUUUUUCAGUUUUCUUCUUAACCUUUUUCUGGCUGGCAGCAGCCUUGUGGUUUUUGACUUAAAAGUUUUAUAGGUGAAGUUCUGUUUUUGUGUCUCAUUCCCAUUGAACUUGCUUGUUGCUGAAGAAGCUGAACCUGUCACUUUGGAAGCUCUCCCCAUGGCUGAAAGAUGUCACGUUGGAAGCUCUCCCCAGGGCUGAAAGAUGUAAGACCUCGAUUAUGGUAGACUCACACUUCAGAGAGAUCCUCACUGCCUAGAGUCAAGAAGAGUGAAAAGAAGUCAGCGAAGGAAGGAGAGAGCCUUUGGAACUCAUUAGGAGACAGUGCAAAACAAAAUAGUUGUGUUAGUACUUAAUUUCUCUGUAUGGGACAAGAGACUAACUUGCAAGACUUUGGGGAUAGUUUCAGUGUUACACUGUAUAUAUGAAAGCAAACUUGAUUCAUUUCAUCUAAUUCAUUAGACAAUUACUGAUUGCUUAGUGUUCAUUAGGAGUUGAAACUAUACAGUAUUAACGAGUGCGCACAUAAUUUUUUUGUGAAAUUAGAUAACAGAAAGAGCAUAACUUGGGAUUAAUAUUAUAUCAGGAAUGGCUUCUUUGCCUU